UACGUCAACCAAGGUGUGCACGGAGACAGUCAGCCUGGAAAGUGGAGACAUGGCUCGUGCGGAUCCUCAUUGGCGUACAUGUGCGAGCGGUCGCCCGACAACUGCCCGGAGGGUCGGCUGUGUUCCUACAAAGACUACGGACUCGGCUACAAUCGAGUGGAGACUUCCGACUGCGACACUGGCGACUUCCUGUACAGGGACUCUUGCUAUCACUUUGAGGGGAUGAAGCGAACUUGGGAGGCAGCCGAGAGGUUCUGCGAAGAAUGGAACGGUCACCUGACCAGCGUCCUCUCAUGGGACGAGCGCCAAUUCUUGGCUGGUGAGCACCAAGACAAACUGCCAAUGCCAACAGUCGUCCGCUAGCGCUUUACAACGUCUGACAAGUUUGGAU